CUCUCCUCCACCUCAAUCCCCUCUCCUCCCCCACGAUUCAAAUCGAUACCCCAAAGAAAAAAAAAAUCACGCGACGAGAGCUCUCUCGAUCUAGGGAUCCCCUCUCGCUGUCGCCGCCGCCUCCGGCCAAAACCCUAGUUCCAGAGGCGGAGCCCCCCUUGCUCGCGCUUCCCAUGGAGGACGGCGUCUUCUCCUCCUCCUCCUCCGCGCCGGCGUCGACGGCUGCGGCGACGGCGGCGGCGGCUGCGGCGGCGGUGGGGUCGUCGGUGAUCCCGAUCGUGAACAAGCUGCAGGACAUCUUCUCGCAGCUGGGGAGCAGCUCCACGAUCGACCUGCCGCAGGUCGCCGUCGUGGGGAGCCAGAGCAGCGGCAAGUCCAGCGUCCUCGAGGCGCUCGUCGGCCGGGACUUCCUGCCGCGGGGCUCCGACAUAUGCACGCGCCGCCCCCUCGUGCUGCAGCUCGUGCACCAGCCCCGCCGGCCCGCCGAGGCCGAGGCCGACGAGUGGGGGGAGUUCCUCCACCUCCCCGGGCGCCGCUUCUACGACUUCCGCGAUAUCCGCCGCGAGAUCCAGGCAGAAACAGAUCGGGAGGCCGGUGGUAAUAAAGGCGUGUCUGAUAAGCAGAUACGACUGAAGAUCUACUCACCAAAUGUUCUAAAUAUCACAUUGGUCGACUUGCCUGGAAUAACUAAGGUUCCAGUUGGUGACCAACCAACUGACAUUGAGGCCAGAAUAAGGACUAUGAUAUUGUCAUAUAUCAAGCACAAGACAUGUAUCAUCUUGGCUGUUUCGCCAGCAAAUGCAGAUUUAUCAAAUUCCGAUGCUCUCCAAAUUGCCCGAAAUGCUGACCCUGAUGGCUCUCGAACAAUCGGUGUGAUCACAAAGCUGGACAUAAUGGACAGGGGCACUGAUGCUCGUAACUUUCUGUUGGGAAACGUGAUCCCAUUACGACUAGGCUAUGUUGGAGUGGUAAACCGCAGUCAGCAGGAUAUCAAAUCAGACCUCAGUAUCAAGGAAGCUCUGGCGCGUGAAGAAAGUUUCUUCCGUACUCACCCGGCAUACAAUGGUCUUGCUCAGUACUGUGGCAUACCACAAUUAGCAAAGAAGCUAAACCAGAUUUUGGUCCAACAUAUAAAGACUGUUCUGCCAGGAUUGAAGUCCCGCAUAAGUUCUCAAUUGACAGCUACUGCUAAGGAGCUUUCCUUUUAUGGUGAUCCAGUCGAGUCCAAGGCAGGGCAAGGUGCCAAACUUUUGAACAUUCUGGCUAAGUACUGUGAAGCUUUCUCCUCAAUGGUGGAAGGGAAAAACGAGGAUAUAUCAACAAUUGAACUUUCUGGUGGAGCAAGGAUCCAUUAUAUCUUUCAAUCUAUCUACGUUAAAAGCUUAGAGGAUGUUGACCCUUGUGAGGAUGUUACUGAUGAAGACAUCCGUAUGGCUAUACAAAAUGCGACUGGUCCUAGGAGUGCUUUAUUCGUACCUGAGGUACCUUUUGAAGUCCUUGUACGCAGGCAGAUCAGCAGAUUGCUUGAUCCAAGCCUCCAGUGUGCAGGUUUUAUAUAUGACGAGCUAGUCAAGAUGAGCCAUCGUUGUCUUGCUAUUGAGCUGCAGCAGUUUCCUCUGCUCCGCAGGAGCAUGGAUGAAGUAAUUGGGAGGUUUUUACGUGAUGGGCUUAAACCAGCACAGGAUAUGAUAGCACAUAUCAUUGAGAUGGAGGCGGAUUACAUAAACACCUCUCAUCCAAAUUUCAUCGGCGGCAGCAAGGCUGUUGAGCAAGCACAGCAGCAAGUUAGGUCUUCUAGACUGGCAACAGUGGCUAGAAGGGAAGGAGUAGAUGCUGAUAAGCCACAGGCUUCUGAUAAAACUCAAAAACCACGUGCGCUGUUGGGUAGAACUGGCGUAAAUGGAGUAGUCACAGAUCACAUCCAGGGUUUACGGCCUGCUGCUGAGGCUGAGAGGCCUGGAUCUUCAGGUAGUGGAAGCACAUCUUUCUGGCAAACAAUAUUUUCUUCUAGUGAUGACCGGACACAUUCUUCUGCAAAAGACAACUCAUCAAACAAAUCUUAUACAGCUUCUACUUCCCACCUGGAACAUGCACUCUCUACAAUACAACUAAGAGAGCCACCAGUUGUCCUGAAGCCGUCAGAAAGCCAGUCUGAGCAGGAGGCACUUGAAAUAGCAAUAACUAAACUGCUAUUGAAGUCAUAUUACAAUAUAGUGCGGAAAAAUGUGGAGGACUUUGUUCCAAAGGCAAUCAUGCAUUUUCUGGUUAAUCACACAAAAAGGGAGCUGCAUAAUUACCUUAUAACUAAGCUUUAUAGAGACGAUCUCUUUGCGGACAUGCUCAGAGAACCUGAGGAAAUAACCAUAAAGAGGAGGCAGAUACGUGAUACCCUCAAAGUCCUUCAGCAAGCAUACAAAACUUUAGAUGAGAUACCGCUUGAAGCGGACACCGUCGAGAGAGGCUAUUCGCUGGACUCCGAUGCAACAGGUCUACCAAGGGCACAUGGGCUUUCUUCAUCCUUCCACGAUGGGAGCUCGCCAUAUUCGACCCCAAAGCAACCAAGGUCAAGGAAAUCUAGCCACUCAGGGGAACAGCCGCCAUUCAAUUCUGACGCCAGCGGUAACGGAUUCUGAUAUCGCCUUUCACGACCGUCACGCCAACUGGUGAGUCGACCAGCCGAUGCGCUGUCGACCGUGUUUGCACGCAUUCUGCGUUCAGUUUGUUGGCACCCGAUAGAUGUAUGCCUUUUUUUCUAGUUCUACUAUUCUUUUCACUCAGUGUUGCGCGCAAUGAAGCCAUGACAUGGUGCGAGUUUUGCCCGUUUGCCCCACCCUUUGUACAGUGUUAUAUUUCGCUGCCCAAUCAUUUCAUCAUAAAAUGAUAUAUCAGUGAUGGGUAUAGUUUUUUGUUAAAGCCCAGGGAAGAAGAGUAUGGUAACGUGCUCAUGUAUCUUAAAAGACGGUUUUGCCUUGCAAAAUCUGACAAGGUUGGAUGGUUAGUUAAGGAUAUGCAAAACAAAAUUUGUGUUGCAUAAAGUUAUUGGUCUGUACCAGUAUUAGUUUGGUGAUUUCAGUCGAUCACUGCUGCGAUUUGC